ACCAUCAUGUUUUCUCCAAGAUUUCAAUACAUUGGCAAUCACGCGCACGGUGGGAUCUCGGUCUAGAUCUCUGGCUGUGCAAACUUCUGAUGCCUGUCACCGGCACCGCUUCCGAGUCAAUUCCAAAAUGCAAAUCAAAACUUCUAUCAUGAUGCUCAUCCUUACGUUAGGGCAGGACGUGAGUUUUUACUCCACGAAGAUCUCCCCUAUUUCAGUACCUGGGAAGAUCUGUCAUGCUUUCCGGGCGCAGGGAGCCCAAGAUUACAGCCCUCUCAUCACAGAUCGGCAGUAUUGGAUUGAUGGACUGAUGCACGUGCAGCAAAAUGGCAGUUCUAAAAGUCGUUCUGUCUUUUGCUGUGUUCAAUCAUCCCUCUGUUUGGUAUCCAAGCACUAGAUGGUGGUACUAUAUCUAGCACAAAUGUCAUCGACAUACAUCCACCAGGUCCGCCGCACCCUCAGAUCCAUCCUCUAACAAAAUGACUGUAGUCUCAGGCGACCCUAGUUGGUGGCUUUGGAUCGCUUCGUGGCGCAUUUCUAGCUAUUUCGUAGUUGCCGCCUCUGUUGGAGUGACCUAUGAUUGGGCACUUACAUUUGGACAAGAGGUCGAACUGGUCUGGAGGCAACGUUGGUCCCUGAUGACCAUUCUGUAUCUGAGUGUGCGCUAUCUUGGAUUAUUAUUUGCUGUCUUGAACAUAUUGAUCAAUGUUCCGACGAUCUUGUUGACAGACGCAGUGAGCUGGAUUGUGUAUAUCGUAGUGAAUUGGAUGUAUGUUGUGAUAUUGGCAAUGUUGCGGAUCAUCGUGAUCACUCGGUUACAUGCCAUGUAUCAACAAUCCAGAAAGAUGCUGAUAUUUCUCGUUGUCAUCUUCCUGGCUGAUACCAUUUUCAACGUAGUGGUCUCCGUAAUGUCAAUGAGGCAUACUUCGGGAGAGGAAUACAUUCUCUCUGGCACUCAUGAUGCAUGGGAGGUCCUCGUACUAUUUCUCGCAGCCUGGAUUGCUAUAAAACACUUCCGUGAGCUGCGACAACAUUCGACGGGAGGGGUGAUCAAGGAUUGUUUCAUGGUAUUGAUAAAAUCUCACAUGUUUUACUUUUUGAGCUUUGUCGCCGUCUCUAUUUUCAACCUCAUGAUUUUGUCUCCAGCGAUCUCAGUGAACCCAAAUACCAUCGGACUUGAUUAUUAUUAUGGCACACUCCAAAUUUUGACAGUCGUGCAGAUGUUUGUGCUCGGACCACGCCUGAUCCUUGGCAUUCGAGACUAUACCGCUAAGCUCGUGACUGACUCCGAUGCAGCGACCAACAUGACCUCGAUCGCUUUCCAGGAGCGCGUGCAUAUAUCGACUGGCAGUGGUGUGUAGCACGGGGGAUGCUUUAGGGACUCGUUCGGAGUUAACGGUUGCUCGGUGCCUGCAGACCCCAGGGAGUAGGAGAACUUGGUUUUUUAAUCAUGAUGCUUAUUUAGUUAUUCGGUGUUGCGCAGUGGAUUUCAAGGAGACAUAGGUCUGGACAAAGUCUUCGUUGUAAUAUGUGUUUUGACUCU